AUGGGAAAUCAUGUACUAGCAGCUUCGAUUUCCAUGCUCUCCCUUCUUGCAAUAAUGGGAGACACAGACAGUAAAACAGACAGUUCGUUCAUGAUUGACUCAGACCCAGGUCGCUGUAUGAGGCAUCAUUAUGUUGAUUCCAUCAGUCAUCCAUUGUACAAGUGUAACUCAAAGAUGGUGCUGCUGGCUCGCUGCGAGGGACGCUGCAGUCAGACAUCACGCUCUGAGCCGAUGGUCUCCUUCAGCACAGUCCUAAAACAACCAUUCCGUUCUACCUGCCACUGUUGCCGGCCCCAGACCUCGAAGCUGAAAGCAAUGAGAUUGCGCUGCUCAGGUGGCAUGAGGCUCACUGCUACCUACCGCUACAUCCUGUCCUGCCAUUGUGAAGAGUGCAACUCCUAG